AUGGCGUCGCCGAGCGACCCGAAGCCCUCCAAAAAACGGAUUGGAAGGAAACGUUUACCACCUCUCGCACAAGGGCCUGCCAUUCAGUUUGUCGUUGCGACUCAUCCCGAUGAAUUCAGGGCAGGGGAGACUAUGAGGAAUGUACGGUCACACGUUAUGUACAAACAUCGAGAGCAGCGUGGAUCAUCACCCUCAGAUAGAACAAAGAGUAGAGAGGGGAGCAGUGCACCGACGACAAUGCAGACUCCGAGCCUGAUGACGACCAGUUCGGACGGCGUGUUAGAGGACAACAACUUCCUCGCACCCACGCCAAUACGACACCAUAGUACCAUAUGGGAUAGGGAUUUCUACAGGUACAGCAUACAGUCGCCUUCAGCAGACCCUACACGGUCACUUGCCGCCCGUAUCAUAUCUGCAAUAACGGCGGAACCGGCUCGAAGCGCACCUCCAGUGUUCGAAGAGGCCUGCGAGUAUCCUUUCCCCGCGAACACGAUGCUGAGGCACGAAUCGUUGGAAAAGCUACGGCAGGAGUAUAUCAAUAGCACAGAGUUUUUCUGUCAUGACACAUCAUGGAUGCAACGUAUCUGCAAUAACCGCCUGUCCUUCCUCAGCCAUGUCAGCGUAACAUGUGUCUAUCAAGAUCUUGCAGAGGGCCUCCUACAAGACAGCGCCCUUACUGUAUACGCCAAGACCAAAGUUCUUCGAGCCAUCACAGACCGCCUAGAUUUAGAUGAUACCACUAUCGUGAGUAUAUUGCACCUCCUUGUUAGUGAGAUUGGCGGUUUCGACGAAGACGUUUUCGAUGUCCACAUGCAGGGAGUUAUGCGCAUUAUUCAUCAGCGUGGUGGCGUAAGCCAAGUAGCGUCGCCACAAUUCAUGAUUCUGGUAAUGCUUACUUUCGCCAUCCUACGCGGUCAAGCUGAGCCUUUAGUCUUGGAAGAUUACAUGCCGCGACAAUCUUCUCCUACGCUGUCGAGCAAUGUUUGCCCAGUUUCGCCACUUUACGCACCACAUGGAGAUAUAUCUCGUAUAUACGGCGCCUGCUCUAUUGGCACACUCGAAAUCGUACGUGACAUGCAAGCGUGCACGGCUUUAUUUUUAGCACACUGGAGUCAUGCAGGCGACACACCACCAGCAUCCGAUCCGCAUCUGGCCACUUGCGAUGCUCAACUACAGCAGAUUUACGCCAAUCUCUUACGCCGCCCUUCAUCCGAGAACGAACCUACGCCCGACUGGAUGUACGAGAGUUGCCGCCUCGCUGCCCUCAUCUAUUGUCGAUCGAUUGUCCAUGGCGUAACGCUUGCAGAAUCAGCAAAUAUCAUGCAUGCACGGAGCCGCGACCCCAACCCGGAAUCAACGACGCAAAUUUCUGCCCUACAUGAAGCGCUGGCACGGACAGACACGAGAGGCUGCUGGGGCAACGACAUGCGCGGCGUCUUUCUGUGGGUAUGCUUAGUUGGUGGCGCGGCUUCAUGGUCAGCAGCCCGGUUUGCUUCUGGUGUCGAAGGUGAAGAGACCUCGCCCGCUUCAGCAUGGGCGAGGAAGUGCUUCGCGCUAUAUGCGAUUCGGGCGUCGGUUUUGGUGUCAUUUGAACAGGCUGAUGACACAAUACAGGCGUUACGGACCAUGCUACAGAUUCGCUAUUGCAUAUUGAUCAACAUCGGAUCGCAGACAGUGAGUCAGUGA